CCAUUGCAUAACACAUCUUUUGCGCUUUGCAAAAUGUGGAAGCCAACGAAAGUCCAAUCGUACCUAAAAGCGGCCAACCAAGUCGUGAGUAACAACAUCGCCCCCUUGAAGCCCAACGCCGUCAUCGCCCCCAAGCCCGUAACCUUAAUCCCGCAAAACCCCCAAUGCAGUUUCGCCCUCAGUCAGUUGCUCCCCGACGGCAAUGUGCGCAUUUCGAGUGGCCCCGCUGUGUCGACCCAAGUGAGGUGGGCCCACACCGACAUCAACGUCCCCGACUGGUCUCAUUACCGCCGCGACCCCGUCAAAGCCCCCACGGCCAAGAGCACAGACUCUGAAGACGGCAGGAAAAGCUUCACUUACCUCAUCGCCGGCGCUGGCACCGUGACGGCGGCCUACGCCGCCAAAGCCGUAGUUGGCCAGUUCGUGUCGUCAAUGAGCGCCUCAGCCGAUGUCCUGGCUUUGGCCAAAAUCGAGAUCAAGCUCGGGGAGAUCCCCGAGGGAAAAUCGGUGACUUUCAAAUGGAGAGGAAAGCCCCUGUUCAUCCGGCACAGGACAGCUGAGGAGAUCGCAACUGAGCAAGGAGUCAACGUUUCGAGUCUGAGGGACCCGCAGCACGACAACGACCGAGUCAAAAAGCCAGAAUGGUUGGUAAUUUUAGGCGUGUGCACCCAUCUGGGUUGUGUACCUAUUGCGAACGCUGGCGAUUUUGGCGGGUAUUACUGCCCAUGUCACGGCUCUCACUAUGACGCCUCUGGGCGCAUUCGCAAAGGGCCAGCCCCCUUGAACCUCGAGGUGCCCUAUUACGAAUUCCCUGAUGACACAACUCUUGUAGUAGGUUAAUUAAUUGAAUUUAUUUAUUGUGGUAAGCUACAAAUUAGUGUAUUUACUGCAACCAAAAAUUGAUUAAAUAAUAAAUGGUUAAUUUUAGUAUU